CUCACUAACGCGCCAGAUCCCCUCCUGAACCGAUAUUUUCUCUUCCUCUCGCGCUCUCUUCUCUGCCCCCCACCGUUUCUCUUGCUGCUAUUUGAUUCACAUCUACACAACAAAAUCUAGCAAUGACCGACGUCGAUCCGGCAGAGACACCGGCAGACAGCGGCGCUGCAGAUCACCAGCAGCCGGCCCAGCAUGCGACCACCCCGCCUUCCUCGGCUUCAGAACCCCGGUCGCCGACGCCGUUCUCGUCUUCGAGCUCGACGUCGUCAAAGGAAGAUGUGGAGGGUGUUAGCGAGUUUAGUUUAGCUGAUGAUGCGGUGCCGAAAAAGCAUGUCACGCUUGAGGAUGCGCAGGAGGAAAAGGAGGUGGUCACAGAGGAGAAGACAGGACUUGAGAGCACGGACGAUGUUCCCGUCGAAGGUGUCGCUGAUUUCAAGAGUGGGAAACUACGAACGAACGUGGAAGAUCCUCGUCCGGAUAUAUCAGAGACUGCCGGAGCAUCCGAUAGCGAUCACAAGAAGGCGUUCGGCUGGCUAUCGUCCUACGAGACAUUCAUGCUCAAGAACGCAAACCAGAUCGUCUCGCUCGAGUCGACACUGCAACAUAUAACCUACAUCGUGCCCGGGAAAUUUAAAGACGUCGAACUCGCGACUGAAACUAUCUACUCGGCGCUCAACAUCCUCGGACUGUACCACGACACGAUCCUGCUGCGCGCCGCGACUUCAACCUCGGACCGCUACCAGCCCUCGAUGCAUACGCGCUACACGCACCACUACACCACACAAAAGGGCAGCAAGUACAAGCGUCUGGCGUAUAUCCUGACCGUUUUGCAGAAAGUGCAACUGCUGCUCGAAGUCCUGGCGCGCAAGUACGGUCGCAACGGCGGCGAGCGCGCGCAGCACUCUACCGUGCUUGCGCUCGAGAGCGUCAAGGCACUGCUGCGGAUCAUGCUCCUGCGCGCUACGGGAUCACGGAUGCUGCCGAAUCCGGUCGUGCCGGGACGGGACUUCGAUUCUGCGAUCCUAGAGGAAGACGAGGACGAGAACGCGAAGGAGAUGCCGACGGAGGAAGAGGCAGGCGAGAUUGAGAAGUUUUGGACGAUGCCGCGGACAGGCCGGCGGUUACCUGUGCCGAAGGCGUCGUCAGGCCGGAGUCAACAGAGCGAGAAGAAGGGGGUGGGUGAAGACGGGGUGGCGCGCUAUCUGAUCAAGAGGGUACUACAUCCAGACGACGUCGCGCCGGGUCCGCGACUGAUGCACCGGCUGAGCGGUGACGGACAGGUAAAGGAGAUUCUGUAUCUUCUACGACCACUAAUCUACGCUAUUCUUGCCUACAGCGCCGUGCGCAUGCGAGCCGGCAGCAGUAGCCACAACAGUAGGAAAAAAGAGCUGCUAGAGUGGGCGCCGUGGGUAGUCGGAGUCGCGAUCGAGUGGGCGUGCAAGGACGGCGUGAUCGACUCACUUGCGGGCGAGUACGGAGGAAUCCGGAACGCGCGGGCGAAGUUGACGGGAUUAGAGAAGGAGGAGUUGAAGAAGCGGGGGAAUGAUAUGUGGUGGUGGGCUCUGCGAGGGAAGUUUUACGAGUCGGUCACAAAGCCGAUACUGGAUAAGGUGAUUCAGAAGACGGAGAACGUGCCUAUACUGAAUCUGGUGGGUCUUUACGUGGGCGAUUAUCAGUAUCUGUUGGAGACAUAUCACUUUGCUAGCUCGACCUUGUGAACAGGAAGUACAGCCAGCGAGCGGCAUUAAAAAGCAAGCCAUUAUCUGUAUAUUUCUAGGUUAUAGUACACUACAAUUUAAUCAGAGCCAUAUAACAAGAAU